AUGGAGAUGCCCUACUUCCUUUCCUCAUCGCUGCUGCUCCACCUCUGCUCGCGCAGCUCUCAUCUGAAGCCAUCUGAAGCCAUCAGCUAUCAGUCCUCACUCUUCAAGCUCUUGACGCUCUUUCAACAUCAGUGGCUCUGUAAAUCUCUGCGAUCGCCAUAUUUUGGCCAUCUGUUGAAAUCCCUCUCCCCCCUCUCUCUCUCUCUUUCGCGCGAGCGCCACUUUCCCUCUCCUCACAUCUCUGCACAUUGGGAGCAAGCAGAAGGCCGACCUCUACCCUUCUCCUCUCCAAAGAAAUCAAGGUCGAGGAGCUCACUCCAAGACUCACCAAGCCCAAAGGAAGUACAGGGCCUCACUCGCCUGGAUCUAGCUCAUAGAGUUUUUGUGGAACGUUUCUUUCAUUUGACUCACCUCUUUAUGCUUCAUGCCCACUUUGCAAGAGUAAAUUUGAUGCAAAGCGAUCUCAGGAGGGACCUGAAUCUUGAGCCUUUUGUACAACUUGACAAGGAUACCAGAGAGGAAGAUAAGGGAGUUCAGAGGACAGUGGUGAAUGAACCAUGUCCUAAGUGCCUUAAUCCUCAGCUCGAAUAUCACACCAAACAGUUGAGAUCGGCAGAUGAAGGGCAAACUGUGUUCUAUGAUUGCCCAAAAUGCAGGCAUAAGUUCUCGGUGAAUACCUGAAAAUGGUCUUUAUAACAAUGAAGAGGUAAUUGCUGUAUCUUGUUUGCAAUAGUUGGAGGAGCUAGAUGAAGAUUUGACACACACACAGGGAGAGGGAGAUCCCACAAAGAAGGAGAAAGGGGGUGCAUACUCACCCAAAAUUGAAUGUCUUGUAUGCUUUCUUACUACUCUAAAAGUUUUGGGAGGUUAGGAAAUAGCUUCAUUCUAUCCUAACCGCCUGCUAGGAUCUCUCAUAUAUGCAAGAAAUAUUUAGUUUCAUUUCACAACAUUUUGACAUAUAUAAACAAAAGCAAAAUUACAAUCAUAGUAUAAUUUGGUCCGUAUUUAAAAAGGUGAGGUUUGUAUAA